UUAAACGUCUCAUUCCAGAUUUAUUCCCGUGUGUUUGCUGUUAUAAUGAGCUCCACUCUUCUGGGAAGCUUUCCACUAGAUGUUGGAGCGUGGCUGUGGGGAUUUGUGUUCAUUCAGCUACAAGAGCAUUAGUGAGGUCAGGCGCUGAUGUUGGGAUGUCGAGGAGGUCUGGGGUUCAGUCGGUGUUCCAGUUCAUCCCAAAGGUGUUCAGUGGGGUUGAGCCCAGGAUGCUGAAGGGAAAAGUGGCUGUAGUGAGCGGAUCGGCUCAGGGUUUGGGAAAAGCCUUCACACACAUCCUGCUGGAAAACGGAGCUCAGGUGGCCAUGCUGGAUGUGAAUGAGGAGUUGGGUCAGGAGCUGCAGGUCCAGUUGAAUCAGCAGUACGGAUCGGACCGGACGCAGUUCUAUAAAGCAGAUGUAUCAUCGGAUCAGCAGUUUACAGACGUGUUCCAGAAGAUUCUCAGUAAAUUCGGCCGCAUCGACAUAUUCUGCAACAACGCAGGAAUCGCUGAUGAGAAGAACUGGGAGAAAACCGUGUCCAUAAACUUGUCAGGAGUGGUGAGAGGAACGUAUUUGGCCCUGGAUCACAUGAAAAAGCAGAACGGUGGAAACGGAGGCGUUAUCAUCAACACAGCAUCACUGGCAGGUCUUGGUCCUCUCCCAUCAGCUCCAAUCUACACAGCGACCAAAUACGGUGUGGUGGGAUUCACCCGCGCGCUCUCUGUGGCGUCUCAGGCCUUAGAUUACGGCGUGAGGAUUAACGCUCUGUGUCCGAGUUUCGUCAGGACAUCGCUGAUCGACGCGUUUAAACAAGAGGACAAAACAGGACAAUUUCACAGUCUUUUUUCAAUCACAGAGACUAUGAUGGAAAAAUUCCCCUUCAUCGAGGCGGAGAAGGUGGCGGAGGCGUUCCUCCUCUUGGUGAAGGAUGAGAGUGUGAACGGAGUGGCUCUUGUGGUGAAGAAUGAAGGUGCAGCGUACGUCAAGUUCCCUAAAGAAGUGGAGACCACGCCCAUCUCUCUGUAACCAUAGCAACCUGUCAGUCCUGGACCAAUCACAUUCACGCUUAAUCCAAAUCAAUUCUUUCUGAUUACAGUUAAAAAAUAAAGUGUUUGCAUGAAUAAACGGAA